GCUACCUCUUAAUUCAGUUUUUCUUGCUCCUUUGUCCACCAAGGAAUAUAUGAUGGUCUCAACUCGAGUUUUCCUUUUGGUCGUGGUGUCCGUCGCUCUUUGCGACGCCGCGUGCCUCAAAAGACACAAACGGCAUCAAGAUAGGCAUCUCAACUCGGAUGAACUCGACGACCUGAUCAACACCCUGAUCUCAGCCCUGGAAGUUAAAAUCGCCGCGACCAGGGCUGCCAGGGACCUUCAGGCCCCCGUUGUUCCUUCGAAUGAAAGUCCGAAUGCCACCAAAGUGCCAACCAUACAACCUGAGCUUCGAAUGGCCACGACUGAACUUCCUCAAGGUACCGGGACGACGGCGGCGACUUUAAGUGAAUCCGUCCAAAACCCUGCGGAACAAACGUUUACCAAAGCUGACGAGGUUUCACAAAAUGCAGCUAUCGAAACUUCAGAUUCAAUCACGGAAAUUGUUCCUCGAAAUGCUGAGGCUGUCCAAGAAAUGGCACAAAGUCCAGCGGCCUCGCUGAAUCCUGUCCAACAGGGCCUUAACAAUUUGAAUUCUGAGAGUGAAAGCACCAACAGGGAUCAAAGGCAAUUGCCUUCAAACUUCCAAUGCUUCUGUGGCCCUAACACGCCAAUGUGGACUUUUGAUUUAGGGAACAUUCCCGUUCUCUGCAACGCAUGUGGAAAUAGCAAGUGAAAAUUAAUUUAUAAUUCGCAUUAUUCCACUCGUGGUAGUUGAUCUUGUACAUAAAUAAAUGUUUACAAAAAAUUAUC